AAAAUAAUCUGGAUUUGUUUUUGGCCAGGCAAUGACAACAAGGAAAGUCGUAAAAUAUAGAUCUAGAUCUACUUCAUUAUUACCCUAGUAAUAUUAGUAAUGCACACUAACACAGUCAUAGAUUAGAAUAUUACCUAAAGAUCUAUCUAUAUCAUGUAGACUCUAAAUUCUAAAUCAUGAUAGAUCUACUCUAUAUUCAAGUUAGUUGUCACUAGUACAUCUCAGCCAUCAUGCCACUUGGAUUAUUUGGAAAUAAAUUCUCGCCCAAGAAGACACCUCCUCGACGAGCACAGUCACUGUCCAAUUUACACCUGGAUGCCACUGAAUCGAAAGCAGAAUUUGGUCUUGAUUAUGGUGCUGUGAAAGUCAGCUUAGGAGGCAAUGAGGUUGCAUUUGAAAAUGGUCUCUGGAUCAAUGAAUCUGCAGGAGGCGGUGCCAGUCACAAAGAACUAUUAAAAUUAAGAAAAGCAAACCAGUCACUACAUGAGGAGAAUAACUUACUGAAAUUAAAGAUUGAUAUUUUAUUAGAUAUGUUGGCUGAGACUUCAGCAGUUUCACAUUUUCAUGAAAAUGAAGUGAAACAAUUGAGAGAAGCCAAACAAGCAUCUAAGAAGAGAUAAUCAUACUUAAUAGACUUAACUAUAAGCUGUAUAUAUUUGUAAACAUACAAAAGAGACUGAAUAAUUUGAUUAUACAUAUUCUGUUUCACUAAAUAGUACAACUAGUGUGAGGUACUUAGUUCAAGAAAUUAGUGAAUUGGGUAUUCUUGUCUUAGAUGUAUUAUGUUUUUAUUCAUGACAUGGAGAAAAUAUGCCCAUUUUCACUUAGUGCAUCACAUAACCUGUACAUUAUUUAUAUAUAUAUAAAUUACUACUAUUACUAGAUGGUUACACUAGUUGUUGUUUUUUUUUUUUUGUCUUGUCUUGGAAAAAAAAUGUAUAUUUUUACACAAAAGACAAGCUUUAAACUUUAGGCAUUUGGAAAAACAUUCAAUAGCUCAAGUGCACUUAAAUGUGUGAAUGUUCACCAGUAUCCAUAAUGACCUUGAUGAAAACAUUAACAAGUCUACAUGAAGAACUGUCCCAUGCAGUACUGUUAUUGAAGGAAGGCAUUUACAUGCAUUACAUUUAAUUUCAUAGCUUCUUGUAUUUAUAUGCUUCUUCAAAUAUAAGGGGUUGGCAACCUUUGUAAGCUACUUUACAGGAAAAAAGAUAUAUCUGCUAAUUGUUUGGAGUACUAAUAUAAUAUAUAGUUUAAUAAAAUGAAUUUUUUUAUCCACCAUUUCUAGUAUUCAAUUACACAUCUAUUAAAUAUUAAAGAACUUGUGCAACUAUUAUACAUUCAAACAUGUUGUCAUUUAAAAUGUUGCUUUGAUAUUAAGAGAUUGGCACUCAUGCUGCUAAGUCCUUAAUCUCAUUCACUGUAAAAGAACUCUUUCUUUUGAUUACCAAUAUUAGCCUCAUCAAUAGCUUAGUAGAAAGAAUUACUUUUGAGUUUCAAGUUAGAAACCUUCUUUUGUAAUUAAUUGUUGCUCACAACUCUACAGUUUUUAUUAAUAGUUUUGACUUGUUGAAUUAAGCUAUCUUUUGAAUACUCUUUAUCCAUUUACUUAAAAUUAUCUAAAUGUAAAAAAAUAGCAUCAUGCUAAAUGUGUUUAGAAAAAUUGACUUAUGAUUAUUUUCCAUCAUAGUCUCAGCUUUUAAAGUUUGAUGCCAUCAUUUAGAACUGGACAUUGCUUGAUGCCAUCAUUUAGAACUGGACAUUGCUUGAUGCCUACAUUUUAAAGUACUAAAAUGUUUUCCUAUAAUUAUGAAUUAAAAAAAUUACAUCUCAAUUCUAUUUAUUUUGCUGUAUUCAGAAAUUCAUCACAGGAUGCUGAUUAAUUAUUAUACAUCUUGGCAUCAGAACUUUUCAAUUGCCAUGAAGCCUUUCAAAUUAUUUUUGAAGACUCCUGAGAAAUAUUUUGUGUAGAUCAAUUAUUAACCCAGUACUUCUAAAAAUAAGAAAAAUAUACUGAUUAAUCAACUUAUAAUAAUCUUAAUUAUCCAUAAGUUUUCAUUUUUUAAUUGAUCAAAAAUUGCAGUCACAAUUUUAUCUGAUUUUGUUAUAUCAUAAUGGGAAAAAUAAUCAAUGCAAGCUAGAAAUAUUAUCUUUUGUUAUCAAUUAAUUUUAGCCUUUCAUUUGACCUGAAGAAGGUUGAUAUUCUAUAAAAUGAUUUUUUUUUCUGAAUUUUUUUCAACUAUAAAUAAUUUAUUAAAAUAAAUGGCAAUGCCAAUUCAAAAGAAUGCCAA